GUGGUUUCAGCAAGUUCCAGGCCGAGUUCGCCCUGCACUGCGAAACUAACCUAGACAGUUCGUGUAGCAGCAGCUCUCCUCCUUUACCAGUCCUGGGCUUGGGAGGCCUCCGAAUCAGCUCCGAUUCCUCAUCAGACAUUGAAUCUGACAUUGACAGAGACCCCAACAGUGCCACCGACUCCGACGGCAGCCCGCUCUCCAACAACCAGCCUUCCUUCCCGGUGGAGAUAUUACCCUACCUCUACUUAGGCUGUGCCAAGGACUCCACUAACCUGGACGUUUUAGAAGAGUUUGGCAUUAAAUACAUCUUGAAUGUUACCCCCAACCUGCCUAAUCUCUUUGAAAACGCCGGCGAAUUCAAGUACAAGCAGAUCCCCAUCUCUGACCACUGGAGCCAAAAUCUGUCUCAGUUCUUCCCCGAGGCCAUCUCCUUCAUAGAUGAAGCACGGGGGAAGAACUGCGGUGUCCUGGUGCAUUGCUUGGCGGGGAUCAGCCGCUCGGUCACAGUGACGGUGGCCUACCUCAUGCAAAAGCUCAACUUGUCCAUGAACGAUGCCUAUGAUAUUGUCAAGAUGAAGAAGUCCAACAUUUCACCCAACUUCAACUUCAUGGGUCAGCUACUGGACUUUGAGCGGACUCUGGGGCUGAGCAGCCCUUGUGACAACCGAGUGCCGAACCAGCAGCUGUACUUCACCACCCCUUCCAACCAGAACGUCUUCCAGGUGGAUUCCUUGCAGUCCACGUGAGCUCCCACCGCCUCCCUUCUCCUGUCCGUUUCAUGGGAUCACUCCUCAACGGUUUCUCUUUGGCAGUGAUAAAGAAAACGCAGCUUUCUCUUUUUCUGGCCUCUGCUAUCAAAAAGCAGCUGCCGGUGCAGGCUAGGAAAGGUUACACGGUGUGGAAUCGGCUCUUGCGAAGGGAGGGAAUGUGGUGAGCUCUCUGGGAAGGCCGGCGGCGAGCAGGGGGGCAGCGGGCCCAUCCCUGCUUGCCCAAAGGUUGAGGUCCGAGGACUUCCAGGGGCUUAGGGUCAGGCUGGACAGGCUGAGCGCGUGUUCUCUAAGGACUGGAACUGUCCUGCUUCCCUCUCUGCUUUCGGAUCUGUGACACAUAUCUUUUGUCUUCAGUGAAGACUGGUUAUUUUUGUUUGUUUGUUUUAAUUUAGAGGAGCCAAAGAAAGAGAUUUCAGCUUAGUGUAUUUGGAGUACUUGUUUGCCGGGAGCUCGGUAGUAUUCUACUUGAUCAAUGUAAAUAUUUAAUCUUAAAUCGAUUUGCAACUUUUUUUUUUUUAAAUUCACAUGUAUUCAAGAAAUCAAUCCAAGGGACAUCUGUGUUUUUGUUCUCUUCAUAAACUGCUUUAUUUGGGGUUUUUUUUUGUUUUGUUUUUAAAUUGCAAAGAAUAUAUUUGCAGCAUGCUUAAUUUUAUUGUUCAACUGAAGCAAGCUUUCCAUGAGGAAGAAAUGGCAGUGGUGAGAAGUUUGCAAAUCAUGUUUUGUGAGCAAGUACAGUCUCUUCUUUCAUAUAUCUUUCCUUCCUUGUGGUGAUUUUUUUUUUCCUCACACUCUUGAU